AUGUCUACAAAAUUGGGGGCGGUUGAAUCUCCAAAUAGACCGUCCAUAACUUUGGAAAAAGGGGGCAGGGACUCGUUCCCAACAGGUACCACCGACAUUCCUCCGGGCAUUCCCAUCGUGAUCCAUUCAUUGUUCGAAGUGAUAGCCAUCAAUGCAGCGCAUGCUGCAUUCGCUGCAUGCAUUCCAAUGUACGUGGACAGUGUUACACCGAUUUCCAAUAGGGAAGCACUGGCAGUUCACGCACGACCUUUAUUUUUGGGAAUUCGAAGAAGUAACAUUUGGCUAUGUUUCAUUUGUGUUUUACGAAUGAUGCUUCAUGAAAAGAUUGGUGACUCUAAGAUUCCGAUGAAAGCAGUAAUACUUGUUGGUGGAUAUGGCACGAGAUUACGACCGUUGACACUUACCCAACCAAAACCACUAGUGGAAUUUGCCAAUAAGCCGAUGAUGCUUCAUCAGAUGGAAGCACUUGUGGCCGCCGGUGUCGACACAGUAAUAUUGGCUGUGAGUUAUCGUGCAGAACUCUUGGAACAACAAAUGAAACAACAUGCUGAUCAGCUUGGUAUUGAAGUAUAUUUCUCAUUGGAAGAAGAACCGUUGGGUACAGCUGGACCGCUGGCUUUGAUAAAAGAUCGAUUAGAAGGAAAUGAACCGUUUUUUGUGCUGAAUUCUGACAUUAUAUGUGAAUUUCCACUUCGUGAAAUGAUUCAGUUUCAUAUGAGCCACGGUCAUGAGGGGACCAUCGCUGUUACCAAGGUUGAAGAACCAAGCAAAUAUGGUGUUUGUGUAUUCAGUGAAAAAACUGGAAACAUCGAUAGUUUUGUUGAAAAACCCGAAGAAUAUGUUGGAAAUAAGAUCAACGCUGGAUUGUACAUUCUUUCUCCAUCCGUACUGGAUCGAAUAUCAUUACGCCCAACUUCGAUUGAAAAAGAGAUUUUUCCGGAGAUGGCUAAACAUGGAGAAUUGUAUGCAUUUGAGUUGUCGGGAUUCUGGAUGGAUGUGGGACAGCCAAAAGAUUUCUUGACUGGUAUGCGUUUGUACUUGAAAUAUCUUCGCGACAAAUCGCCAUCGCUGCUAGCUCAUGGUAGUCAUAUAAACGGCAAUGUGAUUGUAGAUGGAACUGCAGAUAUCGGCCGUGAUUGCAGAAUAGGACCCGAUGUUGUAAUAGGACCACGAGUAAAAAUUGAAAACGGCGUUUGUCUGCGUCACUGUACCAUUUUAUCAGAUAGUAUGGUGCGCACUCAUUCUUGGAUCAAUAGCAGUAUUGUUGGCAGAAAAUGCUCAAUCGGUGAGUGGGUACGAAUUGAAAAUACCUGCGUUAUUGGCGACGAUGUUGUCGUAAAUGAUGAAUUAUACCUGAAUGGUGCAAGAGUGUUGCCGCACAAAGCAAUAACGACGAACGUUCCAGAACCAGAUAUUAUUAUGUAG